AUGCUGAAGCAAAGGUUGAAAAGUGUGGAAGCAUACUUUGAUGAGUUUGAGGAUUUGCGGAUGAAGUCCAAGAUAGAAGAGCAUGAAGAGUACACUAUUAUAAGGUUUGUAGCCAACUUGAAUCAAGACAUCUCUAAACCAAUGAGGCUCAAAACCUAUAAUAGUCUUGAAGAGGCAUUCCAUGACGCAGCCAAGGUUGAGGCGGAUCUAAAAGAAGAGAGGUCCUAUAAAGACAAAAGCAAAUCGUCUUCAACUUGGAACAAAGGCAAAGAAAAGUGGAAAACUUCCACUUGGGAUAAGCCCAAGAGCAAUACUCAAGCACCUCAAGCCAAAUUCGAUUACAAAGCCAAAGGUGAUGACAAGGCUAAAGGAGGUAACAAUUAUAACACCAACUAUAACCGACCUUCUACCAUCCAAUGCUUUAAAUGCCAAGGGAGAGGGCACAUUGCGAGUGAGUUUCUCAACCGGAGGACUAUCACAAUAGUGAGGGAUGGGUAUCGAGCCGAUGAUGAACAUGAGGGCGGGGUUGGUCAUAAAGAAGAGGGAGAAAGAAGUGAGUGUGAGGGUGAUUCCGAUGAAGAGGUUGAGAUAAGUUGUACGAAUGCUGUUAGCCAAUUUUUAGUUGAAAGUAUGAAAUUCCCCACCCGCAAGCACUCUAAUCCCUACAAAUUCCAAUGGUUUAAUGAAUGUGGCGAAAUGAGGGUCAACAAGCAAGCCAUUAUCAAAUUUAGCAUUGGCAAGUACCAAGAUGAGAUUUUGUGUGAUGUGUUACCCAUGCAAGCUUGCCAUCUAUUGCUUGGAAGACCUUGGCAAUUUGAUGUUGAUGCCCAACAUAGUGGGAGAACUAACAAGUACUCAUUUGUGGUCAAGGGGAAAAAGUACAUUCUUAACCCACUAACCCCUUACCAAGUGAGUGAGGAUUAUCGAGUGAUGAGGGAGCUUCGGGAGAAGUAUAAAAGGGAAGAAAAGGAGAAGGGUGAGAAGGAGACUUUGUUGGUCAUAAAUGGAGAGGGGACAUCUCAAGAUGGUUCCAAGAAAUGUUUGUUGGCCAAACCAAGUAAUUGUUUAAAAGGGGUUGACGAGAGACACUUCAUGGUGUGUCUGGUCAACAAAGAUCUUCUCCUAAAUGCUAACCAAGCUACUAGCACUUUGCCUAGUAGCAUGUCUUCUCUUUUGCAGGAAUAUGAAGCCUUGUUCCCGGAGGAGAUGCCCGAUGGCUUACCUCAUUUGAGAGGUAUUGAGCACCAAAUCGACUUUGUACCGGGUUCCCAAAUUCCCAACAAAUCGGCUUAUAGGAGCAAUCCGGAAGAAAUAAAAGAAUUGCAAAGGCAAAUGGAUGAGCUCCUUAAAAAGGGGCUAGUGAAGGAGAGUCUUAGCCCGUGUACCGUUCCGGUGAUUCUUGUUCCAAAGAAAGAUGGCACUUGGAGGAUGUGCAUUGAUUGUAGAGCUGUCAACAAAAUCACGGUAAAGUAUCGCCAUCCCAUUCCGAGGCUUGAUGAUUUGUUGGAUGAGCUUUGUGGCUCAAGUGUGUUUUCGAAGAUUGAUCUUAGAAGUGGCUAUCACCAAAUUCGAAUGAGCCCCGGUGAUGAGUGA